AUGAGUAAAGAUCAUAAUUCUCCUAAUUAAUCUGAUAAUGAUGCAGAAGAAAUAAUGUAUUCUGCAAUUUCUUCUUUUAGUGCUAUAUAAUAAUAAUAAGAUUAAUAGUAAUAAUAAUAAUAAUAAUAAUAAUAAUAAUAAUAAUAAUAAUAAUAAUAAUAAUAAUAAUUAUAAUAAUAGUUUUAUAAAUAAUCUUCAUAAAAGCAAUAAUCAUAAUCAGAUUAUAAUCAAUAAUAACCGUAAUAUUAAUAGUAAUUGUAAUAGAAGUAAUAACAUUUAUACUAAUAGCAAUAGUAAUAGUAAUAAUAACAAAAAUAAUAAUUUUUGCAAUUAUAAUCUUAAGAAUAAGAAAAAUAAUUUUAGUAAGAUUAAAAUUUUUUUAAUAAUUUAACUAAAUCCAAAACAAGAAUAUACUAAUACUAAGUGAAACAGGAGCUAUACUUAAAAAUGAAACAAGAUAUUAGUAAAUUUUAAAUGAGUAUUGUGGAUUAACCUUAAUUUUCUGAAGAUGGUAGUAUUAUCGUAUGUCCGAUUUGUUACGAUUCUAGCUUUGCUGAUAGCAAUAUAUAAGAUAAAUAUGUAAUAUCAAUGAGUUGUUCACAUCAAUUUCAUUAUGUUUGUUUAUAACCUUUAUUGAACAAUAACUUCCUAAAAUGUCCUGUUUGUAAUAAAAUAGUUGGUUAAUUAAAAGGUGAUCAACCUGAUGGAAUAAUGGAAGUGAAAACUAUUCAACAAAGAUGUGAAGGGUAUAAAUGUAACACAAUUUAAAUUAAAUAUAUCUUUCAUAAUGGACUUAGAAAUGGAAAGUAUUUUUCUGGAACAACAAGAUUUGCAUAUUUACCUGAAAAUGAGGAAGGUAAAUAUGUAUUAAGUUUGUUAAGAAAAGCAUUUGAUUAAAAAUUAGUAUUUACAAUAGGAACAUCAUUAACUACAGGAUAAGAAAAUUGUAUAGUUUGGAAUGGAAUUCAUCAUAAAACAAGUUUAGAUGGUGGUCCAUAAAAUUAUGGUUAUCCAGAUCCUACUUAUUUUGAUAGAGUAUUGGAUGAGUUGAAGUAGAAAGGUAUUACUUAAUCUAAUAAUUGAAAUUAAUAAUAC